ACCGAAAGCGGAGCGGCUUUUCCGUGGCUGGCUGGCAACGUUUGCGGUGGCAUUUCCCUGCUUCUGCGGCUGCGGUGUGGAAAGCGGAGCGGCGAUCGGGAUUCCUCGGCGGCGCAACAUGGUCCCGGAGCUCUGUUGGCUCUCCAGCUUCGUGGCAGCUAUUGCCACCCAAAGUUUGGUCCUUGAUGGAACACCAUCCUGUCCAAGGGUAUCGAUCCAAGGUGGGGACAUCACUCUCUCCGAUGGAUAUCGUCCAGGAAGCAUCCUCACCUUUUCCUGCCCAGCUGGCACUUACCCAUAUCCCACGCCCAGCCGGGUCUGCCAGUCGGAUGGCAAAUGGACACCCAUGCACCAUCCUAAUGGAAAACCCACCAAAGUGGCACGUUGCAGAGACAUACGCUGCCCGGGGCAGACAGACUUUGAAAAUGGCUUUUUCGCCCCACGACGAACUUUCCACCCCAUUGGUGACAUCCUGAGUUUUCAGUGUUCUGAUGGGUACCAGCUUCUUGGCUCUUCCCAGCGAUACUGCCAGCCCAACGGUCUGUGGAAUGGGACCGCUCCUGUUUGUGAUGAUGGAGUUGGGCACUGCCGCACUCUUGCUGUGCCCCCGGGGGCGAUUGCUACAGGGAAAGGCAACCGUCUUGGUGAUCGGAUCUCAUUCCAGUGUCAGAAUAACUUAGACUUGAUUGGAUCACCCCAACGGGUCUGCAUGCUGGAUGGCGAAUGGUCUGAUAUGCAGCCAAGUUGUAGAGCCAGUUAUUCUUAUGACCGAGCUGAAGAUGUUAAAGCUGAAUUUGGGGCCUCGUUGACGGAUGUUCUGAGUGAAGUAUCCACUUUCGAGGUGGACCCUUCUGGGACAGUUCAAACUCCAUCUCUAGGCCGAAGACUUAUAUUGACCAAAGAUAGCUUCCUCUAUGUUUACUUCCUGUUGGAUGCUUCCCACAGCGUUACAGAACCUAACUUUUCUAUCUUUAAAGAUGCUGUAAGCCAAAUCAUCAUCAGGAUUUCUAGCUUUGAUGUUCCGAUCAAGUUCUCAGUCAUAUCUUAUGCCAGCCAGCCCAAGACAGUGGUCGACAUUGGCGAUGAUGACGCUGAAGAUGCUGAUAUGGUGCUUGAGAUGAUGGAAAAUAAUAUGAAUUACAAAGAUCACGGCAAUGCAACUGGAACCAACAUUCAUGCGGCCCUUUCUGCGGUUUACGAGAUGAUGAUUAACGAAGAAACAUUUUCAGAAGAUCAAUGGAGCAAAGUCCGCCAUGCUAUCAUUCUGCUUACAGAUGGAAAAUCCAAUCUUGGGGCUUCUCCCAAACUGGCGGUGCGCAGCAUAGAAGGUAUGGUGAAUGUGAGAAAAAACAGAAACGAUUAUCUCGAUAUCUAUGUUUUUGGCAUUGGGAACCUCAACGUUGACUUGACUGCCAUGAAUGAGAUUGCAUCGAAGAAGUCAGGGGAAAGGCAUGUCUUUGUGAUGGAAAAUCCACAGGAGCUCAAGAAAGCUUUUGAAGAUCUGUUGGGUAUGUAG